GUUCUAUUGCAUUGUACGUGUAUUUCAAUUUCGCACUGCAGCAAAUGGCCAUCUGACCUGACCACUCAACGUGCGAAUGAUCAGGCGCGUCAUGGCCCAAACACCCAAACACCCGCCGCGGACAUGAUUUGCAGGCCCCUGAGCAUGGGACGGUUAAGGACUUGAUUUUGCGCGGUGCGAUAGGCGUCAGAGGGUGUGUUUGGGUGUGUUGCUAGGCGCAGUUGGGUAAGGGCUGAUGUUAGCAUGUGGUUAAAAAAAAUCCUCGCAAAACUUUAGUGAAUGUCUGAGCGAAGAGACGCCUUUUCUCGUUAAGGGGCGUGUCCGUUCAGUGUUCAGUGUUGAUUGAUUCUCAACUUGGACACAAUCCUGUCCAACCCUGGCAUGUCGACGUCCUCGAUUGCCCUUCGGUGCCCCUCGGACAUGCCUCGUGCUUCAGAUCUCCUGACAUUCAUUUGACGCCCUUAACCUCUUGAUUCCGCCCCGGAGCUGGCUCUUGUGCGACCCUCAUACCUUUGCUGCCCAACUGGCGCACUCCAUUCUUCGAACCCGCCAAUAUCCAACACGUCCACGGCAGAGAGCCACCUGAAGAUUCACCACUCACGAACAUCCACGCAAUAAUAAUAAUGGUUUCUUUUCAAUGCGAGGGGUGCGGCGAUGUGCUGACCAAAAAGAAACUCGACCCGCAUCGCAACCAGUGUCGAGGCGCCGUUUAUACCUGCAUAGACUGCAUGACGACUUUUCCGGGCACGCAAUAUAGAGCACAUACAUCAUGCAUUACCGAAGAUCAGAAAUAUCAGGGCGCUUUAUAUCGCGAGAAGCCUUCAAAAGCCGCGAAGAGGAAGUCCGUCUCAAUCGUCGAGCCGGACAACAGCACGGCCCUCGUUCCUCAAAAGGCCUAUGUGGAAGACGCGCCAGACACCGAUGCUCUCCCACACGCCCCGUCACCGCCUCCUGCCGUCCCAGACUCCAGCUCGAACUCCAAUCGCGACAGCGUUUUCGAUUACAUGGUCGAUGAGGGUACUCCCGGUACGCCCCAGAUAAGUUUCACUACAGAGAAAGACAAGGAGAUGUCCAUCAAACAGAGUGCGCCGUCGAUUUUCUCCGGCAGUAGGCCGUCCAGUCGUCAUGAAGAGCUGCUCCACAGUAAGGAGUACGAGGAAAAUGGUUACACUUGGGGCGCCGAGCCGGUGAAGCCUAGAGGCGCACUGGAAAUGAGCAACAGUUCGUUGUCGCUCGAGUUCAUGACUCCGGCGGCAAAGGAGACCAAGUCGAAGUUGGACAGAAAGGACAGACCACAGGUGCAUAGCCGGACGAACAGCGGGAGUGAAAAGAAACGGAAACGCCCGACUGACGAUCAUUUACACGAAGGAGAUACCCUUAUGGUGGACACAAUCAAGGCGGACACGCCUGGCAUUGUCCACUCCGGGCUCACAGGCGGCCUCAGUAGGAUGAUGUCCAAGGACGAAGAGUUUCCCUUUGGUCGAACGCCAGUCACGGACGAUAGACGCGACGUUCUCGAAAAGGAGCGCCCUACCCGCCGAAAUCAUAAACCCGAAGACCCCACAUCGCCUCUAAAACGCACUCGUCAUACGAAAGAUGAUCAGAAUGGUCUAGGUAUCUCUAUCAAGGGUCACGCCGCCAAAGCGCUUUCGAUGGUAGGCGGGGCACUUCUCGGUGGUGGGCCUCAGAAUGACAGCCAAACGGGUCGGACACGGAGAAGAGCCAGCUCUUCUGACAAUGGCCAGAGUGCCGUGCGAGUGCGCGAAGGCGAAAAGCGGGAGAGGAAGAAACACAAGGUACACAGACACAAUGGGACCGCUUCGGCAAACAUCCGCCAUGAGCACCGGUCGCGACGGCGCUCGCACAGCGAUGAAUCCCCAUCCCAGUCCCAUGGCGACAGAGCGGCGCGAAAGCUGAAAGCGAUCGAAUACCGCAAACAUGAUGAUACCGGCUCGGAUUCGGAUUCAGACCAUGGUCACCACCACGGUAACGGCGUCACAACACGGCGCAAGAGUUCUAAUGGGACGAUGGUGGUCUUCGGAGCGGAGGAGAAAGCUAAUCGUGCAUGUCGAAGUUUCCUCGCAAACGCGCCAGGUCUUGAAUCUGACAAGGGCUACUCUAUCCACAAGAUGCUAAAGCGCUGGCAUAAGCAGAACGAUGUCAGAAGCUCGUCUCAUAAGGCAGAAGAGGAAGAAAAUUUGUGGAGGAAUUUGAGGCUGAAGAGGAAUGAAAGGGGCGAGUAUGUCGUCUUCUUCUGACAUACUGGACCUUGAUACGGCACUUAAUCAACGGGAUCCGGUACGACUGGUUCUCGUUACCACAGACUCGGGACGCCAUGAUUCUCAUCCUCGUGGUCCAGCCUCCUUACGAGUUUCUUUCGUCCUCUAUCCGGAGCAUUUUGGCUGCAUGCCACGACUGGCGGGCAUUGCGUUUUUCGGGACUCGGUUUCGCGGGAUAUCUCAAAUGCGCCACGUGUCUAUUCACAUACGAUUCGCUGUAUACGUACUGUUUCGGUGGUUAUCAUGGAUUCCUGCAAAUGAUAUGUGGGAUUUCGCGCUUUAUGAAUGUACAGUUUGAUGAGAGCCGAAUGCGGCAGGAGCGUGUAGAUUAUACUGCCAGGCAUGAAUUGAUAUUGAGAUAUCACGUAAUUUGAUCAUGCUCUCUGCUCUUGUUGCCAUAUCAGUGAAUACAGUGGGCAAUAUAUACUACUCCUGGUGGAUGGAUCAGACCAACAGCCAGCGACAUGGGCCUAGCAUGCAUCCAG